AUGGAAUAUUAUGCCUUGGACCCCACGCCUAGGCGCAUGAGCGCCCAUAACCAGUCCGCCGCCCACAAACCCCAGGAUACCGGUGAGGACGACACCGAUUCCUCUCAAGCGCAUCCGCUUUCCGGAUACUAUUCAUUGAUCCUCAACUCCCGCUCCCCGUAUCCUAGCCAUCCGCCAACUUCGCGAUCGACCACCCUUCGGCCCGAUGACAAGCCGAUACCGGGAACGACCGUCGAGCCCCAGUCACCCCAGGAUAAAAUGUCGAUUGUAUUCGGUACUCGUCUUGCUGGCCCUGGUCGCUCAUCACGCUAUAAUCCAGGCGAAGCGCCGCCGAAGUCAAUGUGGAAAACAAUCAACGGGGUUCCCAUUCCACCCCGGCCCGAUGAACCGGACAAUUGCUGCAUGAGUGGCUGUGUACACUGCGUUUGGGAUGAUUUUCGCGAUGAGAUGGAGGAGUGGGCUGGCAGAGUCGAAAAUGCCAAGGCAAAAGGCGGCUCCGUAAAGGGAACAAUGGAUAUGCGUUCGGCGCCACGAACCGAGGUUGACUCAGCCAGCCAUAGCAUGGAUGACGAUGGUGGUGGCAGCGAAACCAACUGGACUGUGCCGAGCCAAGAAGAUGACUUAUUCGGUGGCAUCCCCGUCGGGAUUCGCGAAUUCAUGAAGACCGAAAAGAAAUUGCGCGUGAAGCAUCAGAAGGAGGCUACAGCUACGCCUUGA